AUAAAAUUUAAUUAUGUAAAAUUGUAAAUAUUUUGUACUAAAUAGAUAAUUUAAUUUGGGAGAGUAGUACUCCGUAGUACUCUUUUUUUGACAUGAAAUUUUACAUCUCAAGAAUAUUGGGCCGGGUCCUCUGAUAAUCCUUGGCGUGGAGAAGAAAUCACUUCAAAUUCUCACACGACGACAAUGGAGCGCAGUGUAAGUUGCUCCUCGUCCUCCUUUCUCCCUUCCCCAGUCUCCUGUUCGACGAAAUUCCCCAGAGAGUUCAGAGGUCAGAAGGGCAUAAAAUUCUUUAGAAUUCUUGCGGCGAAAUUGACCCCUGAGGACACUUCCCAAGCCGUGCAAAAAGGGUCCAAGAAGGACCUUUCUCGGAUUCUCCGAACCGAGGCGGCCGUUAAAGCUAUUGAGAAGAAAGCCAACUCUAGCAAGUACAAUAACCUCUGGCCUAAGGUUGUUUUGGAGGCUCUUCAUGAUGCUAUCAGGGAAAACCGUUGGGAGUCUGCUCUUAAGAUUUUUUAUCUUCUUCGUAAGCAACUUUGGUAUCAGCCAAAAUGUCGGACGUAUGCAAGGCUUUUAGCAAUGCUUGGCAACUGCAGGCAGCCAAAUCAAGCCAGCCUGCUGUUUGAGAUGCUGCGGUCUGACGGGCUUCGACCAACUGUAGAUGUUUAUACUGCACUUGCAAGUGCAUAUGGUCUCAGCGGCCUUGUUGAUGAAGCGCUGGAUAUCAUUCAUGACAUGAAUUCGACCUCUGAUUGCAAGCCUGAUGUCUUUACCUACUCAAUACUCAUCAAAUGCUGCAUGAAAUUCCAACGCCAUGAAAUGAUCGACCAAAUGUUAGCCGAAAUGUCUUAUUUGGGAAUCCAGUGUAGUAACGUGACCUACAACACUAUAAUUGAUGGCUAUGGGAAGGCUAAUCUUUUUGAAAAAAUGGAGAACUCAUUGCUAGAGAUGAUAGGGAGUGGGGAGAGUCUUCCCGAUAUAUUCACUUUGAAUUCGGUUGUUGGGGCUUAUGGUAAUGGUGGAAACAUUGAGAAAAUGGAGAAGUGGUUUGAUGAGUUUCAGCUUAUGGGAAUAAAGCCCGAUGUCAUGACAUUUAACAUACUAAUCAAGUCCUAUGGAAGGGCAAUGAUGUAUGAGAAAAUGGGGCAUGUGCUCGAAUAUAUGAGGAAACGCUUCUACAUGCCAACGAUUGUUACUUAUAAUAUAAUCAUUGAGACUUUUGGAAAAGCAGGAAAUAUCUAUAAGAUGGAAGAGUUUUUCCUGGAAAUGAAACAUCGAGGAGUGAAACCCAAUUCAAUCACUUACUGCACCCUGAUUAGUGCUUAUAGUAGAGUAGGAGUUGUAGAAAAGGUCGAUUCAAUAAUGAGGCAAGUAGAAAACUCGGAUGUGCUUCUGGAUACUGCAUUUUUCAAUUGCGCUAUCAAUGCGUAUGGCCAUGCUGGUGAUAUGGAGAAGAUGGUUGAGUUAUUCUCUGAAAUGAAGGUCAAACAAUGCAGACCAGACAAUAUCACCUUUGCUACCAUGAUAAAGGCAUUUAAUGCAAAGGGAAUGUUUGAGGCUGCCAAUGAUCUACAACGAAAAAUGCUCACCGACAAUAACUCUGCAGGGACGAAGUUAAAUCAAAUCAUAGCUUGAUUAGUUUGUUGUUGGACCGUGCGGGAUGGAGGAGAUUUCUUCGACUUUUUACAGUGAGAAGUUUGCUUAUAUGUAGUGACGAUGGUCAGCUUGUAAGUAGAGUGCAGCAUCCUUUCUGUUUUUGGUCAUCUUGAACUUAAUACUGUAUAAUACGGAGUAAAAAAAAUUGUAUAUUAUAUCCUGACCCGAACCUGGUCUGCGUGGGUUGGUUUUUUCGGUGAAAGAAGACUCUUUUUUGGGACGCAGAGAGUACUAUUUUCUUGAGGAAAAGAACAGACAGAAGUGGGUAGUAGUAUGAAAGAAUUGUUAUUGUGGGUUUAGAAUACUGCAGAGUAUGAAAUAAUGAAGGCUUGGAAUGUAC